GUCGUGGUUUUGCUCCUCUCCUUAACAGUCACCGCCAUCACCGUCCUCGAUGUCGUCGUCGUCAUCCUCAGGCUCCCAGGCUGCCUCUUCCUCAGCGGCUUCCUCAACUGUAUCCGUCCCUGCCUCUGCAGCGGCAGGUUCCCUGACCAUCACCCAGCCACCAACGACGGUCACAUCCUUCUACAAAAUCGCAACCAAUGAGAUGGUGACCUUUGGUUGGAACUUUACCGAUGUCAUCGUCUCCCCCACACAUCUCACUGUCUCUGCGCUAUGCGACAACGGCAAUACUUAUCCUGUGGGACCAGGGUCAAGUGGAAUCAUCGACGGGACGGCCACCCAGGUCGUGUGGGAUGUUUACUCUUACCAGGAGAGUCACUCAGAUAAUCCUCUCCCGCAAGCGACUUGCACGUUGUUGAUAUGUGACGAGCGUGGAUUGAGCGCAACUAGAAAAGGCGGGUACAUGAACCCAAACAGUGAAGCUACGUUUGCAUUCUAUACCCCUCAGGCAUACACCCCACUCAGCAGUGGAUGGACAUGCUCGAUAUGUAGCAACGGUUUUUCGUCCUAUAUCGCACAGCCGACAGUCAUUACCAUCAUCGCAACGAUACUCGUCGUCUUCUUGUCUGGCUUCCAACUGCUCAGGAGUGCUUUCCGUGCGACGUAGUUGUGCGAUUCCAUGUGGAAGGAUUAUCUGGAUUUUGUUGGGCUCUUUUAUUUUCUGUUCUCGACUUUGGACGUACAACGACGGUUGCCUCUUGCUUUCUAUUGCAUUACGAAUAUGACACGGACUUCAUACCUACGCUUAUCACGAUCUUUAAUCUUCGCUACAAUACUUCAUGGUCGUAGACGACAAUUGCAUUGACAGUAGGGCUGAAAAUCUGCUGGCGCUGUCAGCUUCUCUCAAUAUUAUUUAUCGACUUGUUGCAUAUUCAAGAGGUGCCCCAAAUGGCGCUCGCUGUUUCAUGCGUAAAAGUACUAAAAAGACUUGCACUGUGAGGCUUCUACUAGAGGCCACUGCA